UUUGUCAGAAGGUUUUUUUGCGGAUUAUUUUCAAAUGUUCUCCCUUCCCGCCGGAAUAACGCAAUCGCUGGAUAUACCAUUGACAUUUGUGUUGAAAACAAUGCGUCAAAUGGAUCGGAUUCAGACAAUUAAGAGGCAAAUGAUUUAGCAUAGUUUAAAUAUAUUUAGGGGGAGCCGCACUUAUAGUUGUCAGUGUCUCUGGUCUACUGGACCGGUUCACUGCGCAGGUUUGGGACGCGCGCCAUUUUGUGUAAAUUGACAUAAAAAUGAUUGUCCAAAUUAAGCGUAUAUUUUAGGGCAUGAUAUUUGUUUCAUAUUUUUGGGAUCUUGAUUAUUAUUCGUUAUGAUUGCCUACGUCCGUGUUUCCCGUGGUGAGCUUACAAGAAAAUGGAACAAUCUGAAUGUAGCAACCUUUAUUUAGCGGUUGAAUUCCUAGCUACAGAAUCUUGUUAGCUAACUAGCUAACCUUAGCUAGUUAACAGCAGUAGCCACGUUCGUUUAGUCAACUAGCUAACAUGCGAGCUAGUCGAACUUGGGUGGAUAACUAAUUUUUUUGGUUGGGGACGCAUUUGAUCGUCAAUAAGUUUUAUUUGGCUGGCCAGUGGAGGAGCCUUUUCACCUUCGCGUUACGGGAAUUGUGUUGACUGUGACUGACUGCUAACGUUAACUUAGCCGACGACUGAGGGCAGAGAAGCUCAAGCUGGAUAAGUUGCCCUAUCAUACAGGUUAUUUGACUUUAAAUGAAGAUCGUGCCAUCAGAGUGGGUUGUGGUUUGCUGCUGGACUCUCCUCCCAGGAUGAUAUGAAAUUUUACAGGAGACGAUGCAUCCAGGAGGAGAGACUUCAGCAUGCAAACCUUCGUCCGUCCGGCUUGCGCCCUCUUUUUCAUUCCACGCUGCUGGUCUUCAGAUGGCUGCUCCAAUGCCCCAUACGCACCAGCAGUACAGUGAACGCCACCAGCCAAGCACUGACCAAACUGCUGCGGUCCUACCGUACAGCGACCAGACGCAACAGCUCACUGCCAACCCGAGGCACAUGCCCCAGUGCUUUCGUGACCCUACUUUGGCUCCCCUGCGGAAGCUCUCCAUAGACCUUAUCAAAACCUAUAAACAGAUCAAUGAGGUGUAUUAUGCAAAAAAGAAGCGGCGGCACCAAACGGGUCAGGGUGAAGACUCCAGUCACAAGAAAGAGAGGAAGGUCUUCAACGAUGGCUACGACGAUGACAACUACGAUUACAUCGUCAAGAAUGGGGAAAAGUGGAUGGACCGCUAUGAGAUCGACUCCUUGAUCGGCAAAGGGUCAUUUGGACAGGUUGUAAAAGCUUAUGACCGUGCAGAGCAGGAGUGGGUUGCCAUCAAGAUCAUCAAGAACAAAAAAGCUUUUCUCAAUCAAGCCCAGAUUGAAGUGCGCCUCCUAGAGCUCAUGAACAAACAUGACACUGAGAUGAAAUACUACAUAGUUCACCUGAAACGUCACUUCAUGUUCCGGAACCACCUCUGCCUGGUGUUUGAGAUGCUCUCAUACAACCUGUACGACCUGCUGCGGAACACCAACUUCCGCGGCGUCUCUCUCAACCUGACCAGGAAGUUUGCUCAGCAGCUUUGCACUGCGCUGCUGUUCCUGGCCACACCUGAGCUCAGCAUCAUCCACUGUGACCUGAAGCCUGAGAACAUCCUGCUGUGCAACCCCAAGAGGAGCGCCAUCAAGAUAGUGGACUUUGGCAGCUCCUGCCAACUGGGACAGAGGAUAUACCAGUACAUCCAGAGUCGUUUUUACCGCUCCCCAGAGGUGCUGCUGGGUAUGCCCUAUGACCUUGCCAUCGACAUGUGGUCCCUGGGCUGCAUCCUGGUAGAGAUGCACACCGGAGAGCCCCUCUUCAGUGGAGCCAACGAGGUUGACCAGAUGAAUAAGAUAGUUGAAGUUCUAGGUAUCCCCCCCAAUCAUAUUAUGGACCUAGCCCCAAAAGCCAGGAAGUUCUUUGAGAAGCUAUCAGAUGGCACAUGGAGCGUUAAGAAGACCAAAGAUGGCAAAAGGUAUAAGCCUCCAGCCUCUCGGAAGCUACACUCCAUCAUGGGUGUGGAGGCCGGGGGUCCAGGUGGCCGGCGGGCGGGGGAGUCUGGCCACGCCGUCGCUGACUACUUGAAGUUCAAGGACCUGAUCCUGCGGAUGUUGGACUACGACCCCAAGAGCCGCAUCCAGCCCUACUACGCCCUGCAGCACAGCUUCUUCAAGAAGACUGCAGAUGAGGGGACCAACACGAGCAGCAGUGUGUCCACCAGCCCAGCGCUGGAGCAGUCCCAGUCCUCUGGAACCACCUCCAGCACCUCCUCCAGCUCAGGAGGGUCAUCUGGGACCAGUACCAGUGGCAGAGCGAGGUCAGACCCCACCCAUCACCACCUACACAGUGGAGGGCACUUUGGGGCAGUGCUGCCAGCCAUUGAUGGUGACACCCUCUGUCCACAGGCAAGAAAUACUUACCUUCCCCCAUUGGUGUGGGGAGGCGGCGUUGGACCAGAGCCAGUGGCCGGAGAGACCCACCCAGUCCAGGAGACCACCUUCCAUGUCCCCCCUCAGCACCCCAAGGCCCUGCACCCCCACUCCCACCCCCAUCAUCACCACGCGCAGGUGAUGGCCACACGGCCCCGCCCGCGGCACUACACCUCCCCCACACACAGCGCCUCCAGACAGGACUCCAUGGAGUUGGUGCAUGGCCAUCUGUCCUUGACCUCCCUGUCUUCCUCUGCCUCCUCUUCCUCCACAUCUUCCUCUUCCACUGGGAACCACGGCAACCAGGCCUACCAGCUCCGCCACCUGCCCUUUGGGCACCACGGCGGGCUGAGCAUGGGGCUGGGCGCCUUCUCGAACCCCCGGCAGGAGACAGGCAUGGCCGCCCACCCCGCAUACCCCAUGGGCACAAACACGGGGCCGGCCCACUACCUACCAGAGGGCCACCUGGGCAUGAGGCAGGGCAUGGACCGGGAGGAGUCUCCCAUGACUGGAGUGUGUGUGCAGCAGAGUUCCAUGGCCAGCUCGUGACUGCACUGACAUUUGGCUGUGUGUUCCCCCUAUGCGUCAUUUUUAAGGUGGUGUUUUUUACUACAGGUGUGUCGAACUAAAGCUGCUCACGUCAGAAGGGAGAUAUCACUGAACCGCUACUACAGAGAAGAUCCUUUGUUAAAAGAAUGUGGUUUCCAUUUUUCCUUUUGCAAUCAUUAGGCACAUAGUAAUGUUGCUGAAAAACCAUAGUAAAAUUGAGACAUCCAUCUGCCGUUUCACAAAAUUCAUGUAACAAAUAACCACUGUCCGGUAUUACAUGGCAAAAUCUUCUGGUGAGCAUUUGGGGAUAAAGUUGGAAGCAGUUUUACAGGUAGCUGUCAGUAAUGAAAUGCUAACACAUACUCUUAUUUCAAACUGUGGAAUUUCUGACAUUUUUGUUCCACAGGUUGUUGAUUGUUUUACCCUUUUUAAAGUAAGAGCUGCUUUUAAAACCUGUAGCUUGACCAGGAGGAACGUGUUUGUGGUGAUAUUUCGUAUUGUCUGUCGGUGUUGUGUAACUCUGUGAGAGGGGAGCACAUAGCAGUGGAGUUCCUAUAGCGUGCGCUGGCCCAGACAGUGGAGGGGAUACCCUGCAGGUGGAAGAUGUCGAGUGGGGAGCUUCUGAGGGGGGAGCGCUGCCCCCCUUAGGUCCAGAGCCCUGGGGGCCUGGUGAGCUGGGCCUGGCCCCGGCCUGGCACUGACAAGAGAGCAGAGAUGGGCUCUGGAGAAGAAAAUGAUCCGGCCCAGCGCGGGGAAGACUGGUUCAGUCAGUGGCUGGUUCUCAGAUAACCCUUUGGCCUUACGACUCAUGGACUUGGAAUGGGACGGAGCUGGACAUUAUCAUUUGAAUUAACAUGGCUUUCCUCUAUUUUUAUCUGUAGACAGCCCUUAAUUCUUUAAGGAGAAUAAACAUAAUAGAAGAAGGUCAUUAAGAAUGAUGAUUUCUGAGGCCUUUCUCUACAACGAUUUCUCAUCAAUGGGGCCCCACAUUACAGGGUCUUGUACACACCAAUCUCCUAAACAUUACUUCCUCAAAAUCUUGUUCACAGAUUAAGGAUUUCACAGUGGAAUGAACUAUAUUUUCCAGAGUACCUUUGCC